AUGCAUGCAAGAGCCUUGUGGAAGGCGCCUCAAGGCCGAUUCUUCUCCACCGAUGCAGAGUUAGAUGUGGUAGUUGUUGGUGGGGGACCCGGUGGCUAUGUUUCCGCGAUUAAAGCUGCACAACUUGGUCUGAAAACAGCAUGCGUUGAAAAGAGAGGCACUCUUGGAGGUACAUGUCUGAAUGUGGGCUGCAUCCCCUCGAAGGCGCUGCUGAACAUGAGUCACAAGUACAAAGAGGCGUCUUGCAAUUUCGAGCGAUUCGGCAUCAAGGUUGGCUCGGUGUCUUUAGACCUGGCUGCAAUGCAGAGUUACAAGAACGAAAUCGUGGGAGGCCUGACGCAUGGUAUCGAAAUGCUUUUUAAGAAAAACGGAGUACAAUAUGUGAAGGGAACAGGCACACUGGCAGAUGCUCACACAGUCAAGGUGCAGCCUAUCGAGGGAGAAGGAGGGAUGCCUAGUCUCCUCAAGACGAAGCACAUCAUCCUGGCAACGGGAUCAGAGGCCUCUCCACUCGUAGGAGGUGCCUUGGAGGUUGACGAGGAGACUAUUGUCAGUUCGACAGGAGCACUGGCUUUGCAACAAGUUCCGAAGCACUUGGUGGUAGUGGGAGGAGGCGUCAUUGGACUGGAACUAGGCAGUGCAUGGCGAAACUUAGGAGCCGAGGUGACCGUCGUGGAAUUCUCGGAGAAGAUCAUCCCUUCCCUUGAUGCGGAGGUGGGAAGGGCCUUCCAAAAGCUUCUAGAGAAGCAGGGAAUUAGAUUCAUGUUUGGCACCAAAGUUGUUGGAUCUGAAAAGACCAGUGACGGUGUCAAGGUGUCAGUCGAGAACGUCAAGAGUGGAGCUGCUUCCCAGUUGGAAUGCGACGUGGUGCUUGUUUCAGUCGGAAGGCAACCAUGCACAGAGGGUCUAGGGCUCCAGGAGCUAGGAAUUCGUCUUGACAAUAGGGGCCGAGUGGUGGUAAACAAGCAGAUGCAGGUUCCGAAUUUUCCUCACAUUAUGGCAAUUGGCGACCUUAUCGAGGGGCCCAUGCUUGCCCACAAGGCAGAGGAAGAGGGCAUUGCCUGUGUCGAGAGGCUGGCGGGGAAAGGCGAUGGCACUGUCCACCACGACACGAUCCCCGCAGUCAUCUACACCCAUCCUGAACUUGCAGGCGUGGGCAAAACAGAGGAGCAGCUCAAGGCCGAGGGCGUGGCUUACAAAAGAGGAUCUUUCCCGUUCGUCGCAAAUAGCAGGGCUCGUGCGACAGGCGAUUCCGAUGGUAUCGUGAAAGUAUUGGCGUGCAAAGAAACUGACAAGCUGCUGGGAGUCUGGAUCCUAGGCCAAGGAGCAGGAGAGUUGAUUGCUGAAGCUGUGUUGGCCAUGGAAUACGGCGCAGCAAGCGAAGACUUGGGGCGUGUGUGCCACGCUCACCCCACCCUCUCUGAAGCCUUGAAGGAAGCAUGUAUGGCUUGCUAUGAUAAGCCUAUUCACAUUGCUUAG